GAAAUUGGGAACACUUUAGGCUCGAUUGUGUCAAUAAAUUCUAUCUGGGUGUUUGAGGAACGUCGUUUUUUAUCCAACUCAGAUACAUCUUUUUUGUAAAUAAGAAUUGUAUUCAGAAACAAAAUUUCUUCUUGGUGGCCGUAGCAAGUAGAGAGGAAAACUAUUAUCAUUUAUUAGAAGAGCCAUCUGGCUUACAGGUGCACCAUUUCAGUGCAAGAAGUUUUUCCUGAAGCAAAGCUGCAUCUCUAUAAGAGUAUUGAAUCAGACCCAUUAUGGAGCCAAUAGACAUUUCACGUUUGGAAGAGGCAGUGGUUGUAUUUUACCGCUCAACUUCCCAACAGCAGGCCAUAACGCACGAAUGGCUGACGAAAGCUCAAAGCAGUCCACAGGCGUGGCAAUUUUCAUGGCAGCUAAUGGAACUCGGCAAGAGUCAAGAGGUGCAGUUUUUUGGCGCCGUAACGUUACACUCCAAACUUAUGAAGUACUGGCAUGAGGUCCCAGCCGAAAAUCACGAAGAACUGAAGCAAAAAAUUUUAGAGAAAAUCAUUCAAUUCGCGUGUGGUCCAAAAUUAGUCCUUAAUCGGCUGUGCAUUGCUCUCAGUGCAUUUAUAGUACAUAUGCUCGCGGAGUGGUCAACCGCCAUAGAGGAUGUAAUAAAUACAUUUCAGAAUCAGCAUAUACCAAACGUUAACAAAGAAAUGCAAUUAUGGAUAAUGUUAGAAGUUCUACAGGCUAUCCCAGAAGAGAUGCAAGCAAUUUUCACUUCAGUUAAAAGGACGACUUUACGAGCUGAAGUAGCCAAACGUGCUCCAUUAGUAAUGGAAACCACUGAAGCUUAUCUAAAUAUGCAACUUGAGCGUGAAUGGGAUAGCGAAUGUUUCAGCAAUAUGACCCGUGCUGUUAAAUGUGUUGGCACUUGGGUGAAGAAUAUUGGUUUCUCCAUUGAGAAUUGUCAGAAUAUUACAGCUAUUUUGCUUAAAGUCACUAACAAAUGUUACUGGCCCUGUGUACAGGAUCCGAAUGGAGACGGAUGCAUGUCUGCCGAUGAAAACGAGUUAGCCGAGACGUGCCUGAAAACAUUACUUAGUGUAAUUAUUCAGCCAGAUUGUCACGCAUAUCCGAAAACAGCAUUUAUACUUAUUAAAAUGUUUUUGGAUUCGCUUUGCGAUAUCACUAAAAUAGAAUGGAAGCGUGAUAAUAACAACGAAGACAUUGUAGUCAAUAUUUACACACUAUUUGUGUCUGCCGUGGAAAGGCAUUCGCAGUUGUUGCUGAGGGGAAUAACUACAACAGAUCCGGAACUUUCGGGCCUAUAUGGACGACUUGUUAAUGAAAUUUUACAAUGCACCGAUAAACCGGGGAUUUAUCCAGUCGAGGAGUCGUGCAGUAGCAUGGCUAUGGGUUUUUGGUAUUUACUACAAGAUGAGGUUUUUGCUAUGCACAAUGAAGAGGAGCGAGUAAAGUGUUGGGAGUAUAUAAAACCAUUGUAUGCGCAUCUCACGCGCAUUUUGGUACGAAAAUCGGAACAACCGGAUGAGAAUUCUAUUGACAAAUGGACCUCAGAUGACUUGGAAAGUUUUCGUUGUUACCGUCAAGACAUAUCGGAUACGUUUAUGUAUUGUUAUGACGUUUUACAUGAGUAUAUACUCGACAUACUAGCGAAUGUACUUGAUGAGACUAUAGCCGAAUUGCAAACAACUCCUACAAAGUGGACAAAACUGGAAGCUUGCAUAUACUCAUUUCAAUCGGUAGCCGAGCAUUUCGGUGCCGAAGAAUCAAAACAGAUACCGAAGUUGAUGCGUGUUCUCUCAGAAAUUCCUUACAGUAAAAUGAACGAAAAGCUACUUGGCACCGCUCUAGAAACUGUUGGUUCAUAUUGUCAGUGGUUAAAAGAGAAUCCGACAUAUAUACCGCCCGCUAUUGAGUUGUUGGUUCGUGGUUUAAAUUCUAACAUGUCUGCCCAGGCCACGUUGGGACUUAAAGAGCUUUGCUGUGUGUGUCAACUGCAAAUGAAACCAUAUGCUGAACCACUCUUAAAUGCUUGCCAAUCGUCAUUAGCUUCGGGUCAAAUGAAAAAUUCUGAUUGUGUGCGUUUAAUGUACAGCAUCGGUAAACUAAUGAGUUUACUUCCAGCUGCUAAUAUACCAAACUAUUUAGACAUCAUAGUGAGCCCUUGCUUUGAGGAGCUACAAGCAAUUUGCCAGAGUGAAAGCAGAACGCCUGCAGCACGCGUUCGUACAAUAUUUCGCCUGAACAUGAUAUCAACAUUAUUUUCCUCGUUGAAUACAGACUUAGAUGAAGAUGAUCAAAUUGAAGAUCUGGAAAAUGUGCAGCCUGUACUAAUUGUGAUGCAGAAAACAAUGCCAAUAUUUCGACAAAUUGCUGAGCUCUGGGUGGAAGAAUUAGACGUCCUUGAGACUGCUUGUACUGCCUUGCAACAUGCAAUAGUCAAUCUCAAAUCUAGUUUUCGACCCAUGUUGCAAGACCUCUGUUGCUUUAUUGUAGCUAUUUUCCAAACUCGCUGCUGUGCACCCACACUGGAGAUAUCGAAAACGGCCAUUGUAAUCUUUUACAAGGACGAGGGGUGCAAGUCUCUGAUGCAACAACUUAUGGUAGAAUUUGUACUUCACAGUUUUAAGUUGUUCGAGUCAACGCCGGAGAACGCUUUCUCAAAUAUCGCCGACACUAUAGAAAUGUUCUACGCUUGCCUCAUGCAAAUCAUUAAAAAGUUGCCACAAGCGCUCGAUGAUAAGGCCAUUGCUUAUGAUAAACUAAUAUAUUAUGCAUUAAAAGCGAUGACUUUGCCCGAGAAUGGGCCUAUUCGGACCAGUGUGCAGUUCCUUUCACAUUUUGUACUGCAAUCGCGAAAUUAUACAGGCAUGACACAGGCGGUAUUGAAUGCAGGCGAGGAGAUCCUCCGCACGGCGGUUCUGUGUGUAGGUUGUAUUACUCCGCGCCAACAAGUGGAGAAAUUCGCCGAUAUUUUCAUGUCGAUCAACAAAAAAUAUCCAGCUGAAUUGGUUGCUUGGCUAAAGUCAGUGAUGCAGGUACCUAACUUUCCUACACAGCUUGUCGACGAAGCUGAGAAAUCGAAAUUCGUCGCUCAGGUUAUAAGGGAGAAGGUAAACAAACGUCUGCUACAAAAGCAUCUUAGCGACUUCGCUAUUAAAGCACGGGGUCUCACUGAUAAAUUUCAAUAAACCUCGCCAAUGCCAAUGUUAAAGAAAAUGCAAAUGAAAAAACGAAAAGCUAUAUAAUUCCUUGUUGCCAAAUUGUAUAAAUUCUAAAAUUCAUAAACGGUCGGUUGGAGUCAGCUACCAAAUCAGAACUCAUAAGUAAUCGUUUGAAUAUGUUUCGCUUUUCUGCUUCUAACUAUGAUGAUAAUGUUUAAGUGUUUUUUAAGCAUGUACGCUGUGCGGAGGAGUAUGCUUAAAGUACUACAAGCUUAGUCUUUUUUAGUCUUUUUUUUUAGUUAAAAGUGAGCGAUGAGUAUAGGUUUACACACAACAAUAUUUUUUUAAGUCAUGUCCCUGAUGUAUGCAAGAAGUUUUUUUUAAGCUUGUUUCUGAGAACAAUUAGAUUAUGAAGGUUGUUUAAAGAAAAUAAAAUGUACUUUCUUUA